UUGAAUGAUUCGAAGGCCUCUGUUGCAAACAAGAUGGCAGGCCCGAAUCGCCGAAUAUGCGCUGCACAAGAAAGAAAGUGAUCGAUCUCGCGAGUCAAGCGGUCCUGCACAGAGAUGUCUGAGGUCUGACAUUAAGGACAUGACAUUGACACUUUCUCACCAGAUAUAUCUCGAUGUCGUCAAUUUUUGGUUGCCAAAUGAGAGGGACGAGUUUUGAUAACGCCUUCCAAGUUUCAAAACAUUCCGG